UUGCUCUGUGCACUCAUCCACAAUAUAUAUAUAUAAACCAUGUCCGCAGAAGACUUUGAACUUUCCCCAGGACAAAUUUCCGACUCUGUGCGCCACCAACUGGAAAUCGAGGAGGGCAACAAGAAUGUCCAGUACCAGCGAUUCCAUACCAAGCAGACCCAGGAUUACCUCGCCCACCUCCGGCCCAAGGUCAAGGACGUCGACCAAUUCUGGUUGAUCGUUUUGCUUUCUCACCAGAUUGUCGCUCCGCACGUCACUUCCAAGCUGGACCAGCAUGCGCUUUCUUUCCUCGAGGACAUUGAGCUCAAGCAGGAUGUGAACGACUUUCGACCUUAUGAGCUUGUAUUCCACUUCAAGGAGAACCCGUACUUUACGAACAAGACUCUUUCUAAAAAAUACACUCUCAAGAAGGGUAUCAAGCCCGCUCCCGCUGACGGCUCCGUCACUGAUGAGCUCCGCAAAUUCAACGAGGAACAGGAUCUGGAAGUGAACCGCGCGACUAUUGACUGGAAAGACGGCCAGAACCUGUGCGAAAGGAUGCCCCGCCAGGCUCAGGCUCAGCGUGAAGGUGGGGAAGCCGACGACCUCGAGGACGGUUUCGAGGGCGAUCCCGGAUCGUUCUUUUGGUACUUUCAGGAAAAGGCCGAUCGCUUCAACUUUGGCGAGCAAUUCAAGGACGAUAUCCUCCCCGAGGCGUUUGCGUACUUUGAAGGCCGUGGCGAGAGCGGGUUCGGCGGCGAGUCUGACGACGAGGACGAUUCGCUCGACGAGGAGGACGACGAGGACGAGGAUGAGAUUGAUUUGGAAGAGGAUGAAAAGCCCAAGAAGAAGAGAAAGGUUGGCGCGCAUUGAUCUGUUAAAGGGUGUUUCGGGUCCAGUUACGAGUCUCCAACUGGCGAUUAUUUAAUAUGGGUGAAUGGGUGUAAAUGUAACCGGCAAGAGAUGCAUAUGCUAUGAAC